UACACAAAAAAACGUCAAACAGGAAGAAGGUGCAAGGAAGAACUAGCAGCCAUCUUCCUGAGGUCAACUCUUCGGCGCAGGAUGCCCAGACACUGUUCUGCUGGGGGCUGCAAAUCUCGUGACAACCGUGAGACUCGUAAUGCUGGUGUCACAUUUCACAAAUUACCAAAAGAGACGUCACGGCGGAACAUUUGGAUCAGCAACUCCCACCGUGCUGACUCCUGGGAUCCUCAGACCAAUUUUGUCUACUUUUGCUCCAAACACUUCACCCCGGAGAGCUUUGAGCUGGCCAGUUGCAGGCACGUGUUUACUGUUGCAUGUAGUGGGAUCAGGAGACUAAGAGAGGAUGCAUUUCCCACCGUGUUUGGUUCCUCUGCCACCAAAUACAAAUGGCUGGGGAAGAUCCUGAAACAAGAAGAAAGAAAGAGUUCCGACAAGAAAUCAAGUGACAAGUGUCAAGCUGCAGAUGAAAGCACCAUUCCAAGGUCAGUGGAGGCUGAGGGGACCAAUGAGGAGAUAGCAGAAUCUUCACAAGACACACCAGAGGUGGCGCAGCAGCAAGAGCAAGCCUCCUCGCUGCCAUCUCGCUCUGUCUCGCCUUCUCGCUACAUGCGCCGCCUGCCCCCUCGACCGGGCUUCUACCUGCCCAAGGAGCACAGCUACGCUCAGCUCUGCCCCCUGCUGUGGAGAAGGCGUUACGACCAGGCCGUGGACUACUUGGAGAAAACACUGCGGCACCUUCACGCGGCCAGGCGGCGGGAGAACCGACUGAGGAACGCCUUGCUGAGGCUGCGGGAUAAACAGCAGAAGCAGACGCUGCUUGCUUUGCGGGGCUGGGAGACCAAACCAGCCAAAGGAGGACCAGCGGACUCAAGCAGCUGGUCUGCAGAGAAGUGUGUUUACUGCGGGAGGGGGCAGGUGCAAGGUGGAGGGCACAGAAUGUCAAAAAGUGACAAAGACGUGAUAAAGACCAAACACCAAACAGCUGAAAUGACACAUAAGCUGGAACGACCUUUGGAGGGCGUUGGAGAAGAACAAAACGGCACAAACCCUCAUGUCCAAGUCUUUCCACAUGUGAGCCAAAGUGCAGAACCUCUGCCAGGUUUUUACAGACAGGACCUUGAAGCAUCCAGUGAGUCGCUGUUGUGGGUGCACAGCGAAGCCGACACUCAGUUCAUAUUGGUCCCCUUCCCUACUGAAGACCACUCCCAGAACUAUCUCAAGAUAAACAAUCUUGCUGACGAGGUGUCCAGCCAAGCCAACCUGGGGUCAAACACGGAUCUUAAACAAGACUUGGAAGUGGAGAACGUUGAAGGUCUGGCAGGAGCAGGAAGCCCUCGUGAGGACCCAUGUGACAGCCAGCAUCAUACGGUUGUCGACUCUUCUCUGGUGGAACUGAGUGAGGAUGUGAGGGAGAAACUGAAAGAACACCUGGAGGGCUUUCACCUGCAGCUCAGCAACGAGUUUGCCAACUGACUCCUGCCAAACGUUCUAUCGUAGAACCCAACACCAAGUCCACACAAACACAGGUACCUUGUUGCUUUUCGGGUACACAAUAUUGGGUUCACGGAACAAGAUGACACAAUAUUCUAACAUUACUUUUAUGAAAAGUAGUGAUAAAAUAAUAGACCUGAACAAGCACAUCUCUUUUUUUAACCGAGUCAUUAAACAAUGCAGGUACAUUUUGUAUGCAUGACCUAAGCAUUCAUUUUAUUUCCACAAUGUGCUGUGGGCUAAUAAAAAAAGCAAGCCGCGGGCCACAAACAUCCCCCCCUGGGGGGCCGUGUGCUGCACUAAAAACAUACCAAAAAGACAUAGAACUAUUAAAUGAUUAAAUGAUGUUUCUUGAAGAUAGUGAGUUUGGUACUAUUUAACUGCAACUGCCAAAUGAUUUUAAGGCCGAAAGCCUUAAGCUUACUAUAAGUCAGUGUUAAUGGUGUGAACUGUUACUGUAACUGAACCACACCCCCAAUAAUCCGAUAGAAUCCUAUGGAAUAACAUUUUUGGCAGUAGCUCCUCUGUGCAAUACUAAAACAAUUCACUGUGACAUCUUUUUAUCGGGUGUGGUGACAGAACCUUUCCCAUUAUUUGGCGUGGGUGGAUAGAUGCUUGUUUUGUAUUAGCCCCCCCCGCCACCCCCCUUACUUGGAUCAUCAUAUUUUGUGACACACCCUCGACCCUAGAGGACAUCAUCUUUUGAGUAAAUGCUGAACAUCUGCUGCUAAAUGUUUUCUCUUAGAAUAAAUUCCUGUGGUUAAUUUGAGCCAAAACUGGAGCGCCCCCUCACUCACACACACACACACACACACGCCCUACUGACGGCCUACAGUCAUAAAACCAGAUAGAAGGAAUGUGGUUGCGCCUGUUUCCUUCUGUAACUCCUCCUCCCGCUUCCCCCCUCCUUUUUUCCUUUUUUUAUUAUUUCCAAACUCCUCUUUGCAAGGCCAUAUCUAUCGAGCCAAACUCUUGCUAAAUCCAAUCUGCAACCAAACUAAACUGAAGAGUGCAGUGGCUGUUUAAGCAGCUCAUAAAGUACAUCAUGUUGCCAAAGCCGUCCCCCCCCCCCAGUUGUACUAAAACUUUCCAGAACUGGAAAGGGAGGAAUUGUCUUCUUGUGGCAUGACGCUGCUUUUCAACACAAAUCCAUCAACUCAAUCACAAUUACAGAUGUGCACCAACACAUAUACAGUUGCAUGAUGUCACAUGUGAAGCCGUUUGCAGCUCCGUCUUCCUGGUUUUUCCUCUUCUUGUCU